AUGAAACCAGAGACAGUAGAAGACAUAUUGAUUGACGAUGACGUGGAAAAUCUUGCCGAGAACGAUGGGAAGGAUGAAUUCAAGUGUCAUUGGAUUGAAUGUACACAAGAGAAUUGUCAUAGUUUGAGCGGAUUGGUGACCCAUCUUACCAACUCACAUUUAUCACACAUGUCCCACAAUGGUACAGCAACGACACCAAUAAGGUAUACAUGCCAAUGGGAAGGAUGUCUGAGGUUUGGAGCCGAUCAACCAUCCCGGUUUGCGCUUAUUUCCCAUUGUAGAACACAUACUGGAGAGAAGCCAUAUUUUUGUCCAAUUCCUGAAUGUGAGAAGCAUUUCACACGAUCUGAUGCUCUUACCAAACAUGUCAAGGGAGUGCAUGAUCUCCACCUGGCUAAGGAUGCGUUGACAUUGAUCAAGGACCGCAGUAGGAAGUUUAGAGAUGGAGGAUCUCACAACGCGUUCACAGUCCCCGACGAUAUGGAAGAAAAUGAAUACCUUUCAUUGGUGGAAAAGGACUAUGAAAUGAGAUCUCCAUGGUGGUUUUCAAGGUUGUUUUUACUGGUAAAUGGUGCAGACGAGCUGUUGGGAGAAGAUGGAAGAGAAAUUCCAACCACCACCACUGUAGGUAAAUUAUUGGACCAAAAAUUCGAUAUGCAACAGUUCAAAGUAGCUAGAGAUCGGUAUAGAUCGUAUGUUGAAAGUAGUGGAGAGCAACCAAUGAUAUCAGGAGAAAAUGAAUACAAGAGAGAAUUACAAUCAUCCGCAAAGAAGCUUGCCAGGAGCAUAGAGGAGCGGAAACUCCUGGAGGAUGUCCACGAAAGCGAUGGACUUGAGACAUUGCGGGCAAAGUACAAAGUGAUGAAAACGCAAUACAAGACUGCAUUACGGGUGAAUGAAUUGGUCACUGAACAGUUGGAAAAGUUGGUGCGGGAGAAAAGAAGAAUAUGGUUGGCUAAUCAAGUUUUAUUAGACGCGAAUAUAAAGAUAGGACUUCCAACAACACAAGGAACACCUCUGGCUGAGCCAGUUGCCACGAAGCCAGAAGAGGUUGUACAGGAUAAAUAUGACGCCGAAUUGUUGGCAUGA